GAGAGUGGAGAUUCCUGGGCACGCGCACUCCACCUGUUAACGUGUAACGGCACGCGCCAUCCUCCUCUCCCUCGUCGGCUCUUUUCCUCCUUCAUUGGUGUCUCCCUACCCCAUGGGAAGUAGUCGCCUCCUCCCACGUUCUUUCCCUCACGCGUGGCACAGAACCGCGAGUCGGACGCGCAGGAGUCAAUCGCUCGUGAGCUUGGACUGCUGCAUCAAGAGCUCGAUUUUAUCUUCUCUUUAAUAUUUUAUUUUUACUCCAAAAUUAAAACCUCAUCACUUUUAAAUAACGUACAUUCAUUUGCUCUUAUCAGCUGAUUAUUUUUUUAAAUUAUCAAUUAUUGUUUGUAUUUACAUAUAUAUUAAUAUAAAUACAUACGUAUAUUGGAUUUUAAGUAUCGAUACCAAGAUAUCAACGAGAGCCAUAUAAAUAAUGUAUGACAGCCAGUUUUAUUUUAUGACUUGAACAAUUGUUUCAAUAGUUAAGUACAGAGUAUUGUUUUAUGGUUUAAUAAUAAUAAUAAAAAAGGAUAAAUAGUAAUGUGAAAAUGCUAUUAAAAGUUUUUUAUUUUAAGCAACCAUUAAGUGUAAUGAGAUGGGAUUUAUUGGUUUGUUGUUGAUACAAUAAUUGACUUUGAAGAAUAUAUAUAUAUAAAUGUAUAGAUGUAUGUAUGUAUGAAUAAAAUAAGUGUACGAUGAUUGUAAAGCUGACGUACAAGUGCGCGAGUCAGUAUCGAGGGAGGAAGAGUGCUUGAACCACCUGUUGAGGAUUUACGAGAGGAAAAUUGACAAGUUGAUAUAUAUAUUCAUAUUUGUAUCAAACAAUUAUCUUAAAUUGAAAAUUUAACACGUAAUAUGUAAAUUGUUUUGUUUUACUGUGGAUACAAAAUGUGAAGUGAUAUGAUUUUUAUUAAUUUUGGCGGUUAAUUUUUGAAUUCAAACGAUGAGGAAAUUAAAAAGUAUCGAAAAUUAUUUGGACUACUUGUAUUUAAAUUUAAUGGAAAUGUCGGUGUCACUGCAGUGUUGGUGUAAAUGUGAGUGGGCUUGUAGUCGACAGGCAUCACUUGAUGUCCGCACAAGGCACUAUCAAAUAUGUUGAAGCUCUGUGUUAUCGCUCUCACCCAUCAUCGUACAGCCUGAGUGCUAAAAAAAAAGCCAAAGAGGUCAAGAGUCGCGCGGGAGAGUGCGUGACGGACUCGCGGGCGCACGGGUUCACCCCGCGCUCGAUGCGUCCUCCUGUGUCUUCUUUAAAUAUAUAUAUAGAUAUGUAUUGUGUAUUUUAUUUUUAACUUAGUUAUUAAUUCUCACUCAACUACUAUUCUGUUUUUAACGGACGAUUGCUUUUAAUUACGAUCAGUUAUUUGAUAUCAAAUACUGCGAACUGUUAAUUUUUUUGACUGUGAAAUUGUUUGAUAAAUAUGUUAUUGAUACAAAGUUAUUUUGAAUAAAAAAAAUAUAUUCCAUUUAGUAUUCAAACAAUUUGCGUGGCUACUGCGUCGAUUCAUCCAGUUGGAAUGAUGCAGCAGAAAAUAUUAAAGAGGACGGCCGAGGACUUGGAGUCAACUGGUGCGAAUAACGUGGACAGUAAUUUCGGCGAGCCACCGGUAAAAGUACAAUGUACUCAACAAGGUCCUCAGCAGCACCAGCAUCAGCAAACCCAAUCGUCGAGUGGAGCUGGAGGAGCUCAUCAUGGUAUGGGUCAGCAUCCGGCUGGCAACGGGACAAAUUCAACGGGACCUCAGGGUCCUAAUAAUCCUGGCGGUGGUAGUACAGGUUCAACUUGUACCGGUAACAAUACCAAUGAAGGUCUUACCAAGUUUUCUGUUGAGAUUGUUCAGCAGUUGGAAUUUACAACUUCCGCUGCUAAUUCCCAAGCCCAACAGAUAUCGACAAAUGUUACUGUUAAGGCAUUAACAAACACAUCUGUGAAAAGUGAUUUAGUGAAUGCAUCAUCGUCCCCGAAAUCUGGUUUAGACAAUAAUUCUUCCAAUGUUGUGUCCUCGAGGACUACAUCAACUAAUCAAAGUGGCGGUAUCGGAUGUGUUGAUAUUGGUAAUUUAGUUGAGUGUAAACAGGAACCGGACAAUGAUUUCGUUGAUCUCGAACAGUGUGCCGCGGCUGUUGUUAAAGACGCAGCAGCAAAUGGCGCCGGGUUUCCUGGGUUUUCAGAUUUUAUCGACGAAACUGGUGACGAAAUGCUGACGUCUGAUACCUUCAAAGAUCUCAUAUCUGAAAUAACAGAUUACCCGGCGUUGAUGGAUGAGUUUGACUUUGAUGACAAGGGUAUAGAUUCUCUGGCAUCGGGUGUUAAUCAUGGAAACAGUGGAGUUCCUGGAGCUCCCAGUGGAUCUGUUGGUAAUUCUGGUCCAAUGAAUAAUGGGCAAAUAAAAAUAGAAGACGAUAAAGAUGCCGUUCAUCAGCAUAUUAAUGGUGGAAACAGUGGACCAAAUGGUGCGAUUGGUUCAAACUCAAGUCCCGGUCUUGGUUCAUCAUCCCAACAAUAUUCACCUGCUCGCUUGCCUUACUCAGGUUUAGAUUUCAAAUCGGAAAUGAGUCCAGCUGCUCAGACAUUGAAACAAAUGGCCGAGCAACAUCAGCACAAAAGUCAGCAAAUGGGUCUCGGACCAUUUAAUCCAACUGGCAAUUCAGCCCGUGGUCCUGCCUCAAGAUCUCCUUACACUGAAUUUCCACAAUUCGGUGGCAAUAACGAUUAUCUAGGUAGUCCUGGUAGCAAUGGUACCACCGGUAAUCAAAAUCAAAACGCUCCGAAUUCCGUAACAGCUUCUUACCACAAGAGCACCAGUAAUCCGGGCUUCCAAACACAACCGACUAAUGAUAUGUUCGGUACGCAGACUCCGUUCGCUGGACUGAGUGAUAUGAAAAGAUCACAGUCGAUGAGCGGUAAACCUAAUAUGCUUGGACCGACAAGUUACAAGCAACAAUAUUCUCCAUACGGUAGUCCAGGUUCAAUGCCUAAUCACGGAAGUCCUGGAUAUCCUUUGCCAUCUCGCGGAGCACCCGGACCAGGUCCUAAUCAAGCUGGCUCCGGUCCAGGUCCUUUUACGAAUUCAACUCCUCCACGACCUCCUUCCGGCUCGGGAUCAGCAACCCUGCAAAUAAACCAAGCACAGCAACUGCAUAUAUCCAAUCCUGGACACAAUAUACAGGUGUCAGCAGGCCAACAUAUGCAAUUAUCCGGUGACUUGAAACCCGGUGUCUCUGUGGCAGCACAACAGGGCAUGUACUUUAAUCAAACGCAAAAUCAAACAUCAUCAGGACAACAAGAUACAUACUGCUCGGUAUCGCAAUCCCAGACAAUCAAUUUUACUCAGCAGAGCCUGAGGCAACGAGCUGCUGCUGCCGCUGCCGCGGCUGCUGCGGCGGGUGGUGUACCGGGACAACCUGGACCGGGUGCACCACCGCCUAGAAAUCAUUCACAACAAGUACCGACAAACCAAGUUGAUCCACAUCAACAUGCCAAGCUUGUUCAACAACAGCAGCAACAGCAACAGCAACAACAGCAGAUGCUGCGCGCCCAACAGGUAAUGCAACAUCAGCAGCAUUUGGCAGGAGGAAUGGGUGGCGUACGGCCACCACCACCUGAGUAUAAAACAGCACAAGCGCAAAUGAUGCAUGCUGGUAUUGGUAUGGGUCAACAAGCGAGGUUUCCUAAUCAAGGGUCAAUAAGAAGAGUUGCACAGCAACCUAUGCCACCUUCGGGACCAAUGAUGAGGCCACCAUUAGCCCAACAACAGCAGCAACAACAGCAGCAGCAACAGCAGCAGCAAGCGUUACAUGCAGGCGGCAACAUGUAUAUGAGCAACGUAGGUGGGGGAAUGCCCAUUAAUAAUAUGCAUCAGAUGCACCAGAGAUUAGGAUAUCCAAGGACGAAUAAUCAGCGACCGCCAAAUGUUAGUGUCGGUCCACCAGAAGGUCUAGGUAAUAAUAUCGGUGGCCGUGGUACACAACAAGAAUGGCGACAUCUUCUCAUGCACCAACAACAGGGCUUUCAAGCGCAGAUGCGUCCGCAAUUUAGUCAACAACCCCAUCAAGGUGGUUUUGGUAUGGGUGCUGGUACUGGUGGUGGUAUGCAAAUGAAUGCCACUCAAAUGCAACAUCAGCAGCUGAUACGGUCACAAAGUAGUGGAAUGAGUGGUGGUGCGAUGAACAAUAAUUCACAGAUGCAACAGUUAUUGUCUCAACAGCAUCAGCAGCAGACACUGGUAAUGCAACAGGGAAAUAGUCAAAUGUCAAUGCAGAUGCAAAUGUCACAAUCAGCAUCCGUUAAUUCUGUUUCAAACACUGGAACUGGAUCUCCGCUGCAUCCUCAUCAGCAGUAUGGAUCUGGUAGUCCGGGAGUCAGAUCAUUGCCACCACAACAGCAGCAGCAGCAGCUCAACCAACAGCAAACUUCGACGACAAACGAUUCGUCAGUUGCGACAGCCGCUGAUUUUAGUCUUGAAUUUUUGGAAAAUCUUCCUACUGGUGAUACGUCGAAUUUUAGCGCUCAAGAACUACUUAAUUCGUUGGACUCAACGGCGAGCUUUAAUCUCGAUAUUUUAUAAAAAAAUUUAACCUAGUCAAGGUUAAAUACAUUUGAAAUUUAUGUACAUGCCAGCUGUCCAAUAAUUUAUUUGUUAUUAGGAAUCAGCUGUUUAUGUACAUAGAAUACAAAUAGGCAAUCACGUUUUAGUCAAUUUAAUUAUUAUUUUUUUUUAUUAUUAUUAUUAUUAUUGCUAUGAAAAUAAUUAUAAUUUUAUAGCAAUUAACAUAUAAAGAGAGCUAAGAAGAGAGUAAAAGCAAUCCGAUCAACGUUUGAUCAUUACUUGUUGACUGCUUUCUCUCUCUAAAUUAUCUUACUCUCAAUCUCUCACUCUCUAUCUGGCAUCUGAGUGCUCUUGUCGACGACCCAAGUGUACCUUCGACGAGCACUCUGUUAAUGCAAUUAUUAUUUUUCUUUUUUUAAUUAAAAAUUUUUCGAUACUUUUCCUACUUCGGUUACGGUCCUGAAGUCAGCAGACGGUUAUCAAUUUUCGGCUUUUUUUUUCGACAAAUCAAUCGCAAAAAAAACAAAAACUAAAAAUAUGCACAUGUAGAAAAUUCAAUAAACUACAGGUGCAAUUUUUUCAAAUAUUUUUUUUUUAUAAUUUAUCAUUUUUAAAAAAAUUAAAAAAUUAUUAGACGUCGGCUGACUUCAGUAUCAUUACACUUAAUCGUGUGUUAACUCCGGAAUAGGAUUGUACGGAAAUAAUAAUUGUAAUCAUUACAAUUACAAACAUAUUAUAUAUGUAUGACAAGGUUGAAUUAAUAUUAACAAUAGAUAAAAUUUCUGUUUAAAAGUAGACCAAUACACAAUAAAAAAAUCUUGAGUAUACAAUAAACAAACUGUCAAACGCUAAAGUAAUGAUUACAAAUCCACUUAAAUUUAAAAACGUUUAUUUUAAAUUUAAAUUAUGUCAAUUAAAUAAACUGGAUAGGAAAUUUUCAAAUAAAUAAAUUUUAAUUAUUAGUUAUUGUCAUUAAUUGAAGGAUCUAUCAGUUAAUUCCAAAUAGAUAAUAAAAUCAAUAGACAAAUCAAUAUCCUUCUGUGACAUUUAUAUAGAUAUUAAUAAUUAUUAUUAUUAUUAUUACAUAUAAAUAGAUAUAUUUCAGAUAGCUGAGCUUUUUAUUACGCAAAUCUUCAGUAUGUAAUCGUGUGAUGGCUCAGUGUACCGUUUAAAUAAAGUUUUCGUGUACAUAGUAAUGAUGUUUUUAAGAUGUUAGUGUAUUUAGAAGACGGUUAUGUAAAAUGGGCUUUCUAAAAAAUUUAUAUAAAUAAAUAAAAUAAUUUAAAGUAUUUAUAAAUUUAAUAACUCCAGUAAACUGUAAAAAAAAAGAUAACUUUUUUUUAAAUUAUUUUUUUAACAGUUAAAUUUAAAUAAAUUGAUUGAACUUGUGAAUAAGUAAUAGAUAUUAUAUAUAUU